AAGAAAGUUUCUAUCUAGGGUUUCUGAAUAUCCACCCACCAUUCUAAUGGCUUCCAACAAAAUCCACCCCUUGAGGCAAUCAGCUAUGGAAGCUGGAAAUCCUGGCAAAUAUUAUAUCAAUCCUUCUGAGAAACUGAUUAGCAAAGCAUCUCAUUGGAAAUUUGUAGAACAUGAAGAUGGGAUUGAGUUGAUUUUCAAUGAGGCUGCUUUUGAGGGUGUUCUUCUUUUUGGCAAAAGAUACAACAAUCAGGCUAUUGGCGAUUAUGAAAACAAGGAUGACGAGUGCAGUUUCAUAAUGAAUACUGAUUAUCUUGAUGCUAGGAAAAUUGAUUAUGAGCUUAUGGGUGACAUUUCAAAGUUUUACAUUCCAAAAAUCAAAGUUGGAGAAAAUUAGAAGUUCAAAUCCUUCCUUAAUUUUAGCAUACCGGCAGAAGAAGAAUUCAAUUCCUUUGCAAGGCGUAAAAAGAAGGGACGAUAAACUAAACCGAUGAAGAAAUUCCCCUAAGAAUUUUUUUCCUUGAAAACAUUCUACUGAUUUUUUGCUGCCUUCACACCCCAUAUAUCUUAGUUAGUGAGACGAGAAGGGCCAACCCACUUUCAACUUUUUAAUAAAACACUGUUUAGCAUC